UGCAGCAGUAGCAGCAGCAGUAGCAGCAGCAGCAGCAGCAGCAGUAGUUGUAGUAGUGGUAGUACUCGUAGUAUUUGUAGUACUCGUAGUAUUUGUAGUAGUAAUUAAAAUGGAGGCCAGUUUUGACACAGAGGAGAGCUUUGAUGAUCCUUCUUGUCUUGCUCCUCAGCCUCCUGUUUCUCCGGCAAAACGACAAACCGUGAAGGAGGUGAAAGAAACCAAGACUACGGUGAACUGCGUGACGUUCCCUCUUCCCGGAGAAGGACCCGAACAACAACUGCUCAAACCUGGAGACUGGAGCUACUGCGACUACUUCUGGGCAGAUAGGAAGGACCCCCAGGGCGCCCCCUGUGUCCCAGGCAUAGAAGUGCUCAUCCAAAAACAGCUCAAAGGCAAAACGCUGCAGAAGGAGAUGGCCGAGUUCUUCCAUGAAAGGAUAAAGAUUGAAGAAGAAUAUGCCAAGAACCUGUCCAAGUUGUCCCUCAGUCCUCUGGCUGCUCAAGAGGAAGGGACUCUGGGUGAGGCCUGGACACAGCUGAAGAAGAGUUUACACGAUGAAGCAGAGGUUCACCUCAAGUUCUCCAACAAGUUACACAGUGAGGUGGAGAAGCCCUUGCUCGCGUUCAGAGGAGAACACUUUAAGAAGGAUCUGAAGAAGUACGACCACGACAUCGCCGACCUGAGGAAACAGCUGGCUUCCAAGUACGCCGGGGUCGAGAAGGCGCGUAAAGCUCUGGCCGAUCGGCAGAAGGACCUGGAGGUGAAGACACAGCAGCUCGAAGUCAAACUUAGCAACAAAACAGAAGAAGACAUCAAGAAGGCGCGUCGGAAAUCCACUCAGGCAGGGGACGACCUGAUGCGUUCUCUGGACUUGUACAAUCAGACUCAGUGCAAAUGGUUCGAGGAGAUGGUCACCAGCAGCAUGGAGCUGGAGAAGUUGGAGGUGGAGCGUAUCGAGUUCAUUCAGACUCACCUGAGACAGUACACCACCCUGAGACACGAGACCGAUAUGUUCAACCAGAGCACUGUGGAGCCCGUGGACCAGCUGCUGCAGGCCGUAGACCCAGCCAAAGACCGCGAGCUCUGGGUCCAGGAGAACAGAACUGGGGAGGUCCGACCGGUGGACCUAGACAUUUAACCCCUUCUGCUGCCCCCUACAGGACUGUCCCAGUGCAGCACCAGCAUGACCCCUCCCCUCCCACACACACACACACACACACACACACACCCCCGCGCUUCAUCCACGCCACACUGCAAAAAAAAAAAAAGUUAUCUGCACCAGGCGGAAUGGCUUCAAUUUACGAUACUUUCCCAUGCAUUUUGUGAAUCAGGUAUGAGUGUUUUCAGCUGGUUUUAUAAUAUAAGACUCCACGGAGAGACGGGACUUUGUAAUAACUUGUAACUUUUCCGGUGAGGGGCCUGCACCUGCUUGUCUCCAUGGAGAUGUCAUUGCCUUGGACGGAAAUAUUCCACAGUAUUCCACAGUACGAUAAAAUAAUCUCUUUAUUGUUUCACUCGGGACAUUUAUAUAUCCGUCUUGCAUUUACGUGUUUUUAUUGCUCAAAAACACUGAGGCGUGCCCUGGUGGCCGUUACCCGCUUCUUUUCUCUGUGGAGAUGGAUAAUGCCAUACUACGGAACAUUCCAGGCUAAGUCGUGGUAUCUUCAUGGAGGCAAGAAAGUUUGAUGAAGUUUGAAAGGAGAGUUAUCGCUGUGGCAAUAACUCAUGGGGAUCCAGUGUAAAGAAGGAAAUACGCGGCAGUCCCUCCUCUAGAAAAGUUACGUAGUGCUCUUUAAAUUCACGAAACCUGUCAGAAAGAUCUUAAAAAACACGUCAAUUAAAGUGCAUAUGAGAGAUUGGACAACCGCACUCAUUUUACUAAGAUAUUUUUGGAAAUUAUGACGUCACUUUAGGGGAUUUCAUAGCUGUUACCUAGCAACCAUGUCAAACAAUGGGCCAAAACUCGUAAUGUACACCACAAUUAUUAUCUGACGAAUAGAAAUAUAAGAAAACACCUUUAUUUACUAUCAGAAAAUCUAUGUUUCUUAUGUGGAAAAUCGUGCCUGACCAUUGGAUAGAACUCUCUCUAUCGUACUGUCUCCACUUCCUGUAAUUUUCCAGAAGCGUUUUGCGAAGAAAAGUUGAAAAAUAUGAAAGUUUUCUUCGCGAAUCACCUCUUGAUUCAUUUACAACAAGUAUUAUCCCGCCAAAUUAAGUCCAAAUUAGAAAAUCAUUCGUCGUACGCGCUUUAAAUUCAAAUCUGGAGCGUGAAAAAGAUGAGUCCAAACUCUUCAAGUGGCUGCAGUUGGGGUCGGUCUGCGCGGUGAUCUCCGUCGUGUAAAGAUGAUAGCUGUACUUUUGAUUUGGUGGCAGAUUUAUUUUCGUAUUUUUGGGUUGAAUGUGGGAUAUUCUAUUUUGAUAACUUGCUGUUCGGUGGGUGGUACAUGCAUGUUCCAGUACUGGCUUUAUCCGUGUCUUUAUCCGAGUCUUUCUUUGGGAUUGUGGCGCUGCAAGAAAAAAAGCCACGAAGUCUUAACUACACUGUAAAAGUUCAAAAUGGAGUAAAAUGAGUUGAAUUCUGAAUUUGGAUCAGCUGAUUUAGGUCGUAAAUUCAGGCCUGUUGACAGACUUUGGAGCUAAACAACUUACAAAGCAAAUCAAUCCAAAUUAGUAAAAAAAGAGUAAAGAGAAUUAUGCAUUAAUUUUGUUUUAAAUCCUGCCUGGCCAAAAAAAAAGUCACCACCCAAAAAAAAAAAGGUCACACACUCUAAUACUUGGUUGUUCCGCCUUUAGCUUUGAUUAUGGCAUUGUUUCGAUUUCGUUUCUGCAAUGUCACAAGAUUUAUUUCCAUCCAGUGUUGCGUUAAUUUCUCACCCAGAUGUUGCAUUGAUGAUGGUCGAGUCUGACGCUGCACAAAGCUUCUCCAGCUCAUCCCAAAGAUUCUCAAUGGGGUUAAGGUCUGGACUCUGUGGUGGACAAAUGUGUGAAAAUGACGUCUCAUGCUCCUGAACCAACUCUGUCACAAUUUGAGCCCGAUGAAUCCUGGCAUUGUCAUCUUGGAAUAUGCCCCGUGUCAUCAGGGAAGAAAAAACCCAUUGAUGGAAUAACCUGGUCAUUCAGUUUAUUCAGGCAGACUGUUGCUGAACCUAGACCGGACCAACUGCAGGAGGCUCGUACCUAUUUGUUUAGUGAAAUCCAGGUGGUGACUUUUUUUUUGGGCCAGCCAGCUCCUCGUACUUUCUAUUUUAACGCAUUGAUUUAUUUGUUUCACCCUUGAUUGAAAGCGACGGCGGCCAUCUUGUAUUUACCUUCCUCUAAAAAUCCCGUCUGUUAUCGUGCCGCCAUAUUUCUUUUGGUUUCGGUUUGAAGCUCAACGGUCCUGCCCACAUUGAG